GCUAAAUAAGUGAUUCUAAAUUGCUCCAGUCUGUGUUGUUUUACCAUACAAUACAGUCGCGUUUGUAUUGCCAGACUGAUUUGUGAUAAGAGCGAUAAUAUUUUGUACGAUAAAUUUAUUAAUUUGAUACCCGGCUAUAGUGAAUAAUAAUUAUACCAGUCAGAUUCAUCAUGAAACAAAGUCCAGAAGAAAUAGUCAAUAAGGCCCGCAAGGCCUUCGCCAGUGGUAAAACCAAAACCUACGAAUUCAGGUUGAGCCAGCUAAAAGGUCUAAAAAAAUUCGUCUCAGACAACGAAGUUGAAAUGGUAGAAAUAUUGAAAACAGAAAACACUAAACCAAAGUUUGAAGCUUACCUAGGGGAAAUCAAUCAUAUGAAGGCUGAUAUACAAAACGCUAUUAAUAAUCUGGAAGAGUGGAUGAAGCCUUUGAAACCUACUAAGCCUUUACCCAACAUCAUGGACCAAGUCCUAAUUACUCCAGAACCAUUCGGUGUUGUCUUGAUAAUCGGCCCCUGGAACUAUCCACUUGCCCUAAAUAUUUCUCCAUUAGUUGGUGCGAUCGCCGCUGGAAAUUGCGCCAUAGUAAAACCUUCCGAAGUGACUCCAAAAACUGCCAAUUUUCUGCUGGAAACUUUACCAAAAUAUCUGGACCAAAGUUGCUACUACGUUUACAACGGAGGGGUUCCAGAAACCAGCGCUUUGCUGGAACAGCGAUUCGAUUACGUUUUUUACACUGGCAGCACUGGCGUUGGAAAAAUUGUAUACGCAGCUGCUGCCAAGCAUUUGACGCCUGUUACUUUGGAACUUGGAGGUAAAAGUCCUGUUUACUUGGACGAUUCUGCUGAUAUUGAGGUGGCAGCUAGAAGAAUAAUGUGGGGCAAAUGCUUGAAUGCUGGACAAAGUUGCAUAGAGCCUGAUUAUUUACUAUGCAGCGUCUAUAUGAGAGAUAAAUUUAUCAAGGCUGCCAAACUGGCUAUAAAAGAAUGGUACGGAGACAAUCCAGCCAAAAAUCCAGAUUUUUGUAAAAUAAUCAACGACAACCAUUUCCAGAGAAUAACCAGAUUAUUGAAAGGUGCUAAAAUUGCCAUGGGGGGCGCAACAGAUCCUGAAACUCGUUUCAUCGAGCCUACGAUUUUAAUUGACGUAAAACCUGAUGAUCUGGUAAUGCAAGAGGAAAUCUUUGGUCCAGUUUUGCCAAUUUUAACCGUGGACACUCCAGAAGAGGCCAUAGAGUUUAUAAAUAAACGUGAAAAAUCUUUGGCACUUUAUGUGUUCAGUACAAGUAAAAUGGAGCAAGAUAAGUUUAUUAAAGGCACCUCAAGCGGUGGUAUAGUGAUUAAUGACGUAAUGAUGCACUAUAGUUGUGAUGCUUUACCUUUUGGAGGAGUUGGUAACAGCGGUAUUGGUAGAUACCAUGGGGAUUUUAGUUUUGAAACUUUUUCGCACAAGAAAGCUACUUUGGUCAAAGGAUUGGACAAAAUGGGCGAGUUUAUGCAAAAAAUCAGGUAUCCUCCCUACACCGAUGGAAAUUUGAAAAUCCUAUCGACGCUGACUCAGAAAUUUCCAAUUGGACCAGGAUUAAUUAGAUUAAUCAAGCCUGCGCUUGCUGUAGUUUUAGCUCUUAUUGUUUAUUUUGGUUUUUAUUUCAGAAAAUAAAGAAAUUAACAGAUA